AAGAACGCAUGUCUCCCCCAACUCCUCUUUUAAGUUCUCACUCUCUCUUCCCACAACUUCUCUUCAACUUCUCACUCUCUCUCUCUCCUCCCCCAACUUCUCUCUCUCCAUCCAUGAAGACCGCUAAGAUGACCGGUUUCCUAUGCCAAUCUCCGGCCGCUACAGCUGUGUGCAUGACCGGUGAUCCCCGGUCCAUGAUCAUACCCAAAAGGCCCAACAGAUCGGCCGUCGAUCGCGCCAGGCCGAUCGACCUGAGGUAUGCAAGGCUAGCCGAGUCGAGGCGGUUCGCGCUUGGCGAUAAGCGAUCCUUAUCAAUGUCGUCGUUGGCGAAACGGGACCACCAACCAUCGAUGGCUAGCAAUGUAGCUUCUUUAUCUUCGGCAUCAUCGUCGUUAUCAUCUGCUGAUCAUGACUUUCAGGUUGUGGUGAUGAGGGUCUCUCUCCACUGUCAAGGUUGUGCAGGGAAAGUGAAGAAACAUUUAUCAAAGAUGGAAGGUGUGACGUCAUUCAGCAUUGAUCUGGAGUCGAAGAGAGUGACUGUGAUGGGACACGUGUCACCUGUGGGCGUCCUCGAGAGCAUUUCCAAGGUUAAAAGAGCCGAGUUCUGGCCUUGCUAAAGUUGGAUGAUUUUCCGAAAAAGGCUGUAGUAAUUUUCAGUCCAGCAAGUUGGUAUCAACGGUCGUGAAAAACCUAAUAUCUGGCUUAGAUAUUUCUUUUCUUUGGUAGGUUUGGGUGGGUAGA